CAGGUUUUUCUUGGAGUGAUUUCGUGAGGCUUCAGACGAGGAAAGAUCGGAGCCGUUUUUACGCACCGCGCAAAGAAACGCUCUUCUGAUCUGUUUUGUGUUUUCCCCCAUCGUUUUUACGCGUGCAUUUGUGAAUGAAAGCGUCUGAGGAAGAGGAGGAGGCGCAGGUUAAGUGGACGCUGUUUUCCCUCUGCAAACCUCUGACUUUGUGCGCCGCUCUGGGGGGAGCUGCAAACUUUUUUCUUUAAGAAAAUAAAUAAAAGGCUCAGAUUGCAUUCUUUCCCCCUUCAAACAUUUUGGAGGUGAUGUCAUCGGCCCGUGUUUUGGCUGCUGCAGUUGCGCUCGAGCUCCAGGCAGUGGGCAGCGAUUGAGUCCGGGAAAUCAGGUGCAGAGAGCGGCUGUCGCGGGUGUCUGCUUUCACUUGGACACAUCCUCUGAGCUGGACCGCUGCGGGCUCUCAUCUGCGGGUCUCCAGCGCCGUGGACGCGUAAACGCCGCCGCAGGGCGCUGCAGCCAUGACCGAGCCCGCUCCACGGUACCUGGAGUCCAGCUCGCCGCCGCCGCGUCUUCAUCGCUCCAUCCCCGUCCAGGUGCUCUGCCUACCGCGGCGCAUCAGCACUAAAACACCCGCACGAAUCCAUGCUUGCGCACUGCCGUUCCAUUGAUUUCAUCCGUUUUAAACCCAAUCAAUAAGCUCUCUGUGCCCGUGGAAGGACAUUUUCGAAUGUAAAGCUUCAGACUGGAAAGUUACGCUUGGACAGCCACGUACUACUACUUGGAAAAACUGGGCAUAAACCAGAUUUCGCUGUCUGUUGGGUUCCAGGAAGCCUCUUCGCAGCCAGAAAGUUUUUUUUUUUACGAGCUUUCGCGGAAACAGCGCAUAGGUGUGGGUCGUGUUUGAACUUCACUUCACCUGUUCCCCACACUCCGGAGGAUACAGCUGCGCCCCGCCUCCUGCCCGUUACCGACCGACCGAGCGCGCACCGAGAUGCAGUCCGGCGGUGCCAGCGGGAGCGUCUGCGGACCGUGCGUUCAAACGGAUUAAACAAACACGACAGACGCGAAGCUGUGACCCCGAAGAGCCGUUUCCCAAGCGCGCACGGAGCCACUCGGACGCGGAGGAAGCGAUGUGGGCCUUUCUCUCCACGCUGGCUGUCUUGUAUAUCCAGAUAAUGCUGGUCAUGUGUAAUCCACUACAGGUGUUUGGUGUGGAUGGGGUGAAUUUCAGCGUGCACGUGGAGAAUCAGACGCGUGCACGAGAUGCCAUGAGUCGACGACAUCAUCGCGUGUACCAGCUUUACAGCCGCACGAGUGGAAAACACGUCCAGGUGCUCGGACGCAAAAUCAGCGCUCGUGGAGAAGAUGGAGACAAAUAUGCCCAGCUCGUUGUGGAAGCAGACACCUUCGGUAGCCAGGUGCGAAUCAGAGGGAAGGAAACCAAUUUUUACCUGUGUAUGAACCGCAGGGGAAAGCUCAUAGGAAAGAAGGUCAGUAAUCGUAGUGCGGACUGCGUCUUCAUUGAAAAGGUUUUGGAGAACAAUUACACAGCGCUCAUGUCAGCGCGCUACACGGGGUGGUAUGUGGGCUUCACCAAAAGAGGACGCCCUCGCCGCGGUCCCCACACGCUACCAAACCAGCAGGACGUCCACUUCAUGAAGCGUUUCCCUCCUGGAGAGCAGCCGGACGUAACGCCGUUUCGCUUCACCACCGUUAGCAAGAGAAGCAAGAGAGUCCGUGCAGCACGACCACGCUAAUGCUAAAACUCCACUGUCUCGCUGUGACACCACACUAACGUUUACAUGAGGACUAGAAAUAAACAAAGACAGUCAUACCCGACAGUCUAGAGAAAAUGACACAGCUAAUGCUAAACAGGACCUGAGGUAGGACAGUCGCGCCUUAUUUGAACGGACAAUGCUAAAUGGUAAUCUAAGGGUGCCACUGAAAAUUCCACUGGGUUGGACUACGUACAAACCUACUAAUAAACACUAGCUAAUUCACACCAGAACUGUGGUUUACGACAGCUUACUUCUGACACGGAGAAGGCUAACCAAAGCAAACACAACGGAAAGCCCAGCCCAGCAAAGUCUCUACGGGCGGACAAAGCAUUAGGCUGUUUAUCCCGCUAACAGCCCACAAUCCCAUAAUGGAGAAACGAUCCUCCCAGCACUCUAAACAAAACACAACCACAUUGGCCUGUAGACGCUGAUCAUGUUGCAAUUUUCCCAGGACAAAACUUCCAAAGCCUGGACGUGAUCCCACAUAAGGGAGAGGAACAGAUAUUCCUGAACUGGAGUAGAAAAUGGAAAUGAGAGAAUAUCGUAAGCCCUUUUGAUAUUUAAUCACAUGUAGAAUGUGAAUUAAUUCAAUUCAUAUUUCACUAGUUAAAACGCUAGUUCUUGAUAUCAGCAAUGGAAUUACUACUAGUGAACAUGCUGAUUUUUUUAUCAGUAAUUACAUUUGCACUAGUAAACUGUUAAUUCUUGAUAUAAAAAAAUGACACUUACUUGCAGAAAUACCCAUUCUUGAUACCAAAAAUAAAAUAUCAUAAUUUUUUAUACCUGAAAUGUUUAUUUGAGAUUUCUAUAAUGUUAUUGCAACUAGUAAGAAUGCUUUUUAAAAUAUCUUAAAUUACUCUGCAGUUUAAUGAUAUCUGAUAUCCAUUUCCAAAUCUAGCAUGUUGAAAUUAAUUAAGAGAUAUAAAAACAUUUUUCUAGUUGUAAUUUAAUUGUGGAUUUCAAUAAUUGGUAUUUUGACACCAUAAAUCAAGAAUGAAUGUUUUUCCUAGAGCAAAUGUGAUUAUUGAUAUCACAAAAUUAGCAUUUUAACUAGUCAACAUUGAAUUUUAGAUAUCUAUAAUUAAUUUCCUGCAUGAUUAAAUGUCAAAACGGCUUGCCAUAGAGAGAAAGACUAAUGUUACAUGAGAGUCUCCAUCUGAUAAGACCUGCCUUGGGAUAGUGUACACAAAUAAGAAAAUUCUGACAUUAUUUACUCACCCUCAUGUCAGGACUUUUUUUCUUCGGUGGAACAAUAUUCUGUGAAAUAAUCUUCUAGCAGUUCAUAGUCUGCCAAGCUCCAAAUAGGACAGAAAACACCAUAAAAGCACCAUAUAUACAGUAUAAGUAGUCCAUAUGACUUAAAUGGUAUGAUCCGAGUCUUCUCGAGCCACGGGAUAAGUUUUUGUGAGGAACAGACCAAAAUGUAGGUCAUUAGUCAAAAAAAAAAUGAACAAACAAACAAACAAUAAAAGGAGUAAAUGGAAUGGAAAAACAAGUCAAUUGGACUACUUUUAUGAUACUUUUAUUGUGCCUGUUUGGAGCUCUACAGUUGUGGUCACGAUGAACUGUCAUUGUAUGGAAAAGAGCUGCGUGAAGAUAAAGUUAACAGCUUUGAGAUUGUAAUGACAUAAUGGGUGAGUAAAUAAUGACAGAGCUUUCAUUUUUGGGUAAACUAUUGCGUUGAAGCUAAUGAAUGAAUGAACGAAUGAAUUUAAUUCUAUAAAAGUGUGUUUGCGUGUGUGUGUGUGUGUGUGUGUGUGUGUGUGUGAUUGCAAAAGCAUAUUUCAUGUUGUGUCUAAGACCAUGAGGGAUAUAAUUUGUGACCUAUAAAAACAUGGACCAUUGAGGAAUGAACGGAAUUUACAAGAACUGGAAUGUAUACUUUCUCAAAAGCUGCACCAAAUACAAACUAAAGACCAAAGACAAAAGGUGACCAAUGACAGUGAAAGGUUAACAGCACUGACCUCACGAGAGGAGAGCGGGAAGGGGUGAGCUGACACGGAAUGACACAAGGAGCAACUUUCCUGUUUGGAUUUCAUGUGGGAUGCUGCUACUGGGAAUUUUAGCGAAGAACCAAAGUCUUAUACCAGCGCAUUAAAGGGAAAACAUUACAAAACUUUUCUAAAUAUAAAUAUAUAUAUAAAUAUAUAUAAAGAUUAAUGCUGACCUAGUGAUAUUACUUUGACUGCUACUAUCAUUGUUGUUACUAUAAAAGAAUUUCACUUAUUUAUUUUAUCUCUGUGUACAGCAACAAUCUUUUCAAAGCCAGUAAACUGUACAGAAACGUGUCCAUGUUU